CCUUAGCAGCAGCUGCGUUGGUGGUGUUGGGAGUGAGCGGACCUGGGAGCAGAGCGGGUGGAAGAGGAGGAACCUGGAGCUCGAUUCUAUCACCAUGGCACAGGUAGAGAAACGAGGGGGUUUGCUCCGGAAAUCUUCAGCCUCCAAAAAGCCACUGAAGGAAAAAGUGGUGCUGAUGUAUGAUGAGAUCUUCAUGACAGAAGACCCCAGUAAAUGCAGUCCUCGGUUUUGGGAGGAACUCUUCCUCAUGAAGGUGAAUUUGGAAUACUUAGAGGGCAAGUUGGAAUCUCUCGAUGGUGAGGAGUUAAUGAAGAUCAAGGACAAUAUUAAUUGCUUAUUUCAACACUGCAUCCAGGCUCUGGGAGAGGAGCAUCCAAUUCGAGUUGUCAAUGCAUUGCAGACCUUGUGUGCACUCAUUCGAGGAGUCCAUCAGAAGAAUAAGUCUACCUCUGGGUUUGACAUUAUCAACAUGCUGAUGGGUUUUGAUAAAGCAGAACUGUGUAUGAAGAACUUGAUGGAGAGUUUGGAUUCACUGCUUUGUGCAGAAGGUUCUGAAAGUCUGAAGAGUUUAUGUCUGAAACUUCUCCUUUGCUUAGUGACUGUGACAGAUAACAUCAGUCAGAACACAAUCCUGGAGUAUGUAAUGAUCAACAGCAUAUUUGAAGCAAUUUUACAGAUACUCUCACACCCACCAAGUCGUAGGGAGCAUGGGUAUGAUGCUGUUGUAUUAUUAGCUUUGCUGGUAAACUACAGAAAGUAUGAGUCUGUGAAUCCUUAUAUUGUGAAGCUGUCAAUUGUGGAUGAUGAGGCUCCGCUCAAUGGAAUGGGGCUUGUGAUUGCCCAGGCUUUAUCUGAGUAUAACAGGCAGUAUAAAGACAAGGAAGAAGAACACCAGAGCGGUUUUUUCUCUGCUUUAACAAACAUGGUGGGCAGCAUGUUCAUAGCAGAUGCCCAUGAGAAAAUAUCUGUACAAACCAAUGAGGCCAUUCUUCUGGCACUUUAUGAAGCUGUUCAUUUAAAUCGCAAUUUCAUCACAGUGUUAGCCCAGAGUCAUCCAGAAAUAGGCUUGGUGACGACCCCUGUCAGUCCUGCUCCAACAACCCCAGCCACACCUCUUGGGACCACACCACCCUCCUCUGAUGUUAUAAGUUCUGUGGAACUCCCACUGGAUGCAGAUGUACAGACUAGUAAUCUACUGAUAACCUUCUUAAAGUAUAGCUCAAUUGUCAUGCAGGACACCAAAGAUGAGCACCGGCUUCACAGUGGCAAACUCUGCUUGAUUAUUCUUACAUGUAUUGCAGAGGAUCAGUAUGCCAAUGCGUUUUUGCAUGAUGACAAUAUGAAUUUUCGAGUAAACUUACAUAGAAUGCCUAUGAGACACAGGAAGAAGGCAGCAGACAAGAAUCUUCCCUGCCGACCUUUAGUGUGUGCAGUGCUGGAUUUGAUGGUAGAGUUUAUUGUAACACACAUGAUGAAGGAGUUUCCUAUGGAUCUCUAUGUACGCUGCAUUCAAGUAGUACAUAAACUCCUUUGCUACCAGAAGAAGUGUAGAGUACGUCUUCAUUACACCUGGCGGGAACUCUGGUCAGCUCUGAUCAAUUUACUGAAGUUCCUUAUGUCAAAUGAGACUGUACUUUUGGCCAAACACAACAUUUUUACAUUAGCCCUUAUGAUUGUGAACCUAUUUAAUAUGUUUAUCACAUAUGGCGACACGUUCUUGCCUACCCCCAGCAGCUAUGAUGAACUCUACUAUGAGAUAAUCCGCAUGCAUCAGAGCUUUGACAACCUCUACUCCAUGGUCCUGAGACUUUCUACCAAUGCAGGCCAGUGGAAAGAAGCAGCUAGCAAGGUGACCCAUGCAUUGGUUAAUAUCAGAGCCAUCAUCAACCACUUUAACCCCAAAAUUGAGUCCUAUGCUGCUGUGAAUCACAUAUCCCAACUAUCAGAGGAACAGGUGCUGGAGGUAGUGCGAGCCAAUUAUGACACACUCACACUGAAGCUUCAGGAUGGCCUGGACCAAUAUGAGCGCUACUCGGAGCAGCACAAGGAGGCUGCCUUCUUCAAAGAGCUGGUUCGAUCCAUUAGCACCAAUGUCCGGAGAAACUUGGCCUUCCACACACUCAGCCAGGAGGCCCUGCUCAAGGAGUUCUCCACCAUCUCCUGA